CGGAAAGAAAUCUAGCCGAGCCCGUCAGAGCACCCGUCACCCUUCACCCUUGCUUACCCCACAUAGACGGGCCUGAGCGUCUAUCCCGAAGUAGCCGCCGAUUAACGUCAACCUCAACUGAAGCCAUAACGUGGAUACCAGUUCUGAGUUCGUCCACCGCAGGCCCAUGCCCACGAAUCCUCGAUUCUCACCUCGUUAUUUCGGUCGCAGUUAAACCUUGAGCAGGCUCAUCAACUGAAGCCGGGGCAGGCAGUGAUGCAUGCCAAGGCCUAGGUCUAAGCUGUCACAAACAGUGUUCGCUCCGAGUUCUCGAUGCCAAAGGCGAUGCCAAAGGCGAUUCCACCACCUCAAAUGUCUAGUCGUACUAUACCGACGCGCCAAAAGGUUGACACGGACACAGUUCAGGUCUUCCAGGAGAAGGCAGAUGUCCCAACGACCGGCCAAACACGGUUGUCGCAAGGCCAAUUGGAGAGCAACACCACUACGAUAGCUACCCCAGAAACCGAUGACGAAGAUGAUACGCCAGAGAAGAAGCGUUCUGGAGGCGUUCUUUCGAGUGUCGAUCUAGAAGACUCUGAAAUUGACACUCCCCGCUACUCGGACGAUAUUCCCAUACUCCAGCGAAGUGAUGAGGUUACUCCAGACAGACAUGCCAAGGUGUCUGGGUUCACAUUUGACGAGCUUGUCGAUCGCCUGUUAAGCCAGCCUAUGUCGAAGGCAGAUGCGAAUUUUACGGACAUAUUCCUGUGCAUGUAUAGAAAGUUUGCGUCUCCCGGGAUGUUACUGUCUGCCACUUUAUCCCGGUUGGAAAAAUCUACGACUGAGAAAGGUCAACAUUUCCUGACCCGAACUACCGUGCAGCUUCGGAUUAUCGCUGUCCUUACCAAAUGGAUUUCGCAGUAUCCAGGCGAUUUCGCCGCUCCACAGACGAAUCAGAAAUUCAGCGCUUUUGUCGAGCAGAUUUCCACUGAACCAGCUUUCAAUUACGCCGUUCAAGAGAUGAGGACUAUGCUUCGCUUUCACGUCGUGGAAGAUGACGAUACUCGGUGGGAGAAGAGUGAUCUAGAGGUAAACUCUGACGUGGAGGAAACGAACGAACUCGUUCCAGUCACAUCUUCGACACGCAGCUCACGGAGUACUGUUCCAAGCAAGAACACCAGCAAUGUGUCUCUAGCUGGUGAGAAGAACGCCAAACGAGAUCGUCGACAUUCCGAGACUGUGUCAGUAUCAUCGAGUGACGCUGCCCCGGCGACUGGUGGUCAACCUUCAGCCUUUCAUACAGUGAGAGAUUAUGAAAUUGAAGCUGCGACUUUCGUACCGUCAAGAAAGCACCUACUGACGAAGCUCCUGUAUCACAACUGCAUGGAGAUUUCGGAUGAUGAUUUCGCAGACGAAAUCACUAGAAUGGAUUGGAUCAUGUUUUCGUCAGUCCGCGUACGAGAUCUGGUUCGUGAUGUGAGCCUUUCAGCAAAACAAAAGGCCAAAUGCAAAAGCCUCGUCAAUGUCACCCGCGCCAUCAACCACUUUAAUCAUGUGGCAUGGUGGGUGACCAACUUGAUUCUCUUAAGAGACAAGGCAAAGCACCGGGCGCAGAUACUGGAGAAAUUUAUGCGUAUCGCAUGGAAAUUAAGGCAAAUGAACAACUAUAAUGGCCUGGCCGCCGUUAUGGCGGGGAUUCAGAACACAGCGGUUGGACGACUCGCACAGACGCAAGCCUUGAUCAGUGAUGAAUGCCGGAAACAGUUUAUGGGACUCGAGAUAUUGAUGGGGGUCCGAAGGAGCCAUUUUGCGUAUCGACUGGCCUGGCAAAAUUCAACGCUGCCACGGAUACCAUACGUGCCUCUGUCCCGACGUGACUUGGCCUCGGCGGACGAAGGAGGCAAGACCUUUGUCGGGCCGAAGGGAGACCGUAUCAAUUGGUCAAAGUUUGAGGUAUUUGGAGGGGUCAUACUGCCUAUUAUGAAGAGUCACAGUACACCUGUGAUUCUGGAGAAGCACGACAAUGCAAGGGAAAUCAUAUUAGACUGCUUCAUUUCUGCGGAUGAGGAUGAGAUACACAACCGAAGCGUAUCAUUAGAGGCUGCCACCACAGGUACCGAUCCUGGGAAGAGAAACAGGUUUCUUUGGUCUCGAAGUUUCAAUCAAUCAGUUAAUUACUAACUGAACUUAAACCAAAAUCAUGACGUAAGUUUACGGGAGUUUGGCGCAAGCAGGAUAGGCAUAUAUUUUUUAAGUUGCCUUUUGGCUAAAUCUAUCUUUAUAUCAACUUCACUUGGUUAACUUAGCAUAUAUAAAAUGAAGCGAACAAUUAACGUAAGUCGUGGCGUAACUAACGGGACGGAUGGCGUAACGGGACGCUUUGCCAGAGCCACCCGCACCCCACCAAACUACCAGACUACCACUACCACCAAAAAUUGCAAAUAAUUCUACCAUUACUAUGCUAAUUCAUCUAAAUCACUAUCAUACAUCUCCUCUUCACUGCUAUCAUCAAUUAAAUCAAUUAGAGAUGCUGUAGCAUGUGGUGUUGUUGAUGUUUUCGACUUUUGUGUUGCUGUUGUUGCUGCUUCUGCAUCUGCUACUUGCGACUGCAACUCCUUUGUAGAGAUAUGGAAUUGACCCUUCAAAACUGCUCUUUUGCCCUUGUUCUGUUCUCUGCGCUUCUGGAUUAUACUGCGCAAGUUAUCCGUCUCUCUUUGUUGCAGUAUGUGGCGUGUAUUAAGCUUCUCUGUCUCAUCUGCUAACUUUUUGAAUAUAUCGCUUUGUAGGAGUGUUCAAAACACCUUGAUUUAGAGCUGUAGGGAGCACAGAAUUUGCUUUUUGAAGGGUAUUAAAAUCAGGUGGACUACUAUUGAGAAAUACUUUCUCAAAAAUGUCAUGCUCUGUUGGAGUCUUUGGCCGCACUAUUACUGCAUCUAUUGUAGGAAGUGUAGCUGCUCGAAUGACUGUUUGUGGCUGGAAUGGCUGUAGCCCACUCCCUCUCCAAGCAGAAGUUAUAUUUGAAUUUGAAAAUGCAGCUGCUCUUGCUUGUAUGUAUGCAUCCAUCCAUUCCGACUUCUGUAUGCGUAGGAGUUGCGCCUCAUUAAUGUGUGAGAGGGCUGUUGUGAGGUGUUUUUUCAAAGGUCCAAAAAUUGCAACAUCAAGUGGCUGUAACACAUGAGAGGUAUGUGGAGGUAGUAUAAGUAGCGAUAUGCGAUUCUGUAUGCAGUGUGAUAUGAAGCUCCCACUUAUAUGGCUGUCAUGGCCAUCACAAAUAAGGAGCCUUUGUUGUAGUUGUCCAUUUGGAAGUGUUGCUUUUGCUCUUGUAGAGGGCUCAAAAACACGUUUUAGCCACUCUAAUCCAUGAAGAUUGCUUGUCCAUCCCUUUGUAUUUGCAGAGAAGUGCCAUUUGCUUAUAACCUCCUUUGGAAUCCAGCUCUGUAGUAUAUUCUGUCCCUUGAAGAUAAUGAGGGGGUCGGUGGUUGUUCCAUCCAUGCAGAUGCACUCAACAGCAGAGACCCAUUCCUGCCUUCCUGGAUGUGCCUGAAAACGUGUCCUAAGUGUAGAAUCGACUAUAAUUCGUGUAGAUUGCAUUGUUCCAAUUGAAAAUCCAGUCUCAUCCAUGUUGUAGGUGUUGUAGUUUUCGAUUUUUAGCUCUGUUGUGAGGCUCUUGUACGCGUCAAACCACCCCUUCAACACCUGCUUUGUGACCCCAUUCAUCCUUUGUGCCUCAACCCUUCUUCCUAGCUUAACACGUAAGUUAGGAUGCCUCUGAAUGAACCGUGGCACCCAAUCUUGCCCAAGUGGUAACUUAGGUAGUUGGAGUUGUGGUUGUUGAGUUUGUGUCUGUUGAGUUGGUCGGGUCUGCUGAGUUGGUCG